GACUUGCGGAGUUUUCUCUUCACGUGCGCAUUGACGCCCGUGUCAACGCGUCAACAGCAGUAAAUAACGCGUCGCCCGUUGGUCGCCUGUUGGUCGCCCGGGUUGUUUAUCGACCACUACUAUGGCGUCUGAGCCCUCCAGGUAUAUCUUCAGUACCUCGGAGGGACACGCGUUAACGCGCCAAGUCCUUCGCAAAAGCCUUCCCUAUGAUCCACACGAUUACCAACUCGAAGGCAUUUGUCAAGUCCUCGACGGCCUUGAUCUCUUAGCUGCGCUCGCUACUGGUUCCGGCAAGACCGGUUUCUUUUCUAUGUAUAUGCUAAUGCUUAUUGAACUCUCGAAUAAUUUGUCUCUCUGUACCCCUCCUGUUGCUGUCCCGAAGGAUCCUGCGAUGGUCGGAAUAUUCCCCACCAUUGGAUUGGAGGAGCAGAUGGCAGAAGAGUUCACGAAGAUUGGACUUACAUCCCUCGUCAUCAACUCCCGAACACUUGAGGCUGCACGUGCCGUGGGUACGAACCUCUGGGUACGUGCUCGUGCUGGAGUCACCAUGAUACUCCUCUCCCCCGAGCAACUUACGUCGAAGGGGUUCGAGUCCUUGCUGCAGAACUCGAGCUUCCGAGACAGGGUCUGCGCUGUAGGACUUGACGAAGCCCACGCCCUGGACACCUGGGGGAGCAGCUUCCGAAAAAGCUACCGCCAGAUUGGCUUUGUCCGCGCACGCAUGCCGGAUAGAGUCCAUGUCAUCGCGGCGUCUGCGACUAUUCGCGUUGACGGGCCUAAGGAGAACAUUUGCAAGCUCCUCGGGUACCGUGCGGGCGAAUAUUACGAGCUUCGCCGAUCGAACGUGCGGCGGAACGUUCGCCCCAUUUUCCGUGUUCUGCAGUCAGGUCUUGGUGGGUGGUUAUUCCCAGACCUCGACUGGCUUAUUCGCGACGGACGCAAGACGGUCAUAUUCUGUCGCACCAUCGCGCUCGGAUUCCGGGUUCUCGUCUAUCUAUGGAACAAGAUCCCCGACGGCAUGGAGCGCGGACGCUUCGUGCGUCUAUACAAUGCUCUCAAUUGGGCAACGUACAACACACGAACACGCGAGCUUCUGCGCUGCGACGACUCCUGCAAGAUGGUCAUCGCGACUGCGACCUUCAUGAUGGGCGUCGACGUGCCGAAUAUCUUCCGUGUGGUGCUGCUCGGUGAGCCCGAGAGCACGGAGGAAUGGCUGCAGUGGCUGGGCAGGGCACAGCGGGAUGUUAACUCCACGGACGACGGCGAGUGUAUUACGUACAUCACGAAGAAUGCCAUGUCGAACGCGCGUGGGAUCAUCGAAGGCACUGCACAAACUUCGACACGGACCAAGAAGGCAGCUCCAUCUGACAAGGGCACCGGCCCAUCAAUACAGAUGGAUAAGGCGAUGGCCAGGAUUCUCCUCGCGCCAUGCAAGAUUGCGGAGCAAAACACGCUCUACGCCAACCCCCAUCCGAUCCUCUCUGCCUCUGCGAGACGUGCACGACGCGCGCUGCUCGUCAACCCCCGCCAUCUGCAUCGGAGCCUGACGCUCAUGCGUGCAACUGCAGUGGCCCUGAUGCAAAUCCGGUUCCAAAGGCGAAGCGGCUCACGAAGGCUAUGCGUGCAGUCGGCAUGGAGCGGUUCAUCGACUUUCGCAACACCAUAUACACCGCCGAGGCCUCUGCAGCAGCUGACCUAUUUCCGCCCGAGGCCUUCUUUCCCGAACUGACGAUGAAGGCGAUUCUCGAUCGCUUUGCGCUCGUCACGGGCAUAGGCCAGCUGCGUGAGCUGAUCUCGAGGCGAGUUUACCUGCUCCCGCAUGUAGAGAACCUAUGGGGCAUCAUUAUUGAGCUCCAGGUCACGUUCGCAUCGAUG